AUGUCACGUCGGCAAUCCUACGAGUCCGACAACACGACCAGAGGCAAGGCACGAAAGCCUAGAUGUCUAUCUGCUUGCCAAAUUGCUCGGAAUGUCAAGAGCUUUGAGCUUUGGACAGCUCAUCAGGGCUGUGAAGAAGUCGGGUACGACGACGUACCAAGGGAGAUGCGCACCGUCGUGCACAAUGUCUUUGACAUCACCUCUCAGCUGCCCAAGGAGUGGCUGGGCACAACAGAUACCUCCCGACGCAUGAAAACAGUGCUUCCCCCCGAAUUUCUAGGUUUCAUGAACACAGCCGGUAAAGCAGUCCCGGCCUUGUUCACCUCCCAGGUAGCGGAGAACGACAGCAAGCAGCUACUCAGCGAACUGCAAAUCGUAUUCAGUGCUUGGAACCGUAUCAGGAAGAUGCGUCAGUCUAGCCGCAAGUGGUCAGAGGCAGACUUUGCCGCAAAUGUCUACAAUGUCAUACGCAGUCCUGCCGUGCAACAAGGCGACUACCGCGCUCAAUGCUCGAUUGCGCUCCCUCAACCACUGUCGCUUUCUCGCAUCAAGGCUGGCGACCUCCGUGUAUUGAAUGCCAAGACCGCCUCACCAGACUCAUCCAUCUUCAUUCCGGCGCGUCACAUGAGCCACCUGUCGUACGGCUCAAAGAGCCCGUACAAGGUGCUGCAGUCGCUGUCGAAAGGCAAGAUGUCCACCAGCGGCAGCAUCGGGGGCGAGUCGUCCUUCCGCUUUCAGAGCACGCCGUGCGCGAAACUGCCAGACACCCAAGGCUUCGAAUUUGCGAGCACGUACUGGGAGGACAAAAAGCACCAAUACAUCGAAGAUGCGCACCGCCAGAACAGGAUGGCGACGGCGAGUGCCGUGAGACAGCUGCAUGCCCUAGGCAUCAAUGCGCCCGUCUUCGGGCUCGUGUGGGCCCAGGGGACGGUCCGAGCUCAUGUCGACUGGUGGGAGACCGACCCCAGGUCUGGUCAGCUGAUGAUCCGUUCUGCCGCGUAUGCGGGCACAAACCCAAGCAACCGCCGGACGAGCGGGGUCUUCCACGAGUGGAACCUAGAGGAGCCUGCCGACAUCCUCCAGGUUUACCUCCUCAUCAAGAAACUCGAUCAUUGGACCGUGAACGGCUUCCUUGACCGUGUCAUCCAAGGUAUUGAGCAACUCAAGGUCGACGUCCUCCGGGGACAUCAGCUCGUGCCCUGGAAGAGGAAGGGCGAUCUCGCCAAAGUGCUUGAGGCAAACGCGAACGCGCACCAGCUCAAGGGCACGCCGCGACCAAGCCUAUCAAUCACGCCCUCGAGUUCGCCCCCAAAGCGCAGAUCAAGGAGGCGUGUUCCUCGCUCAAGCUGA